GCGACGGAAGCGCACGAUGUGUCGGAAUUUGUAGGAACGAGGAAGACAUAUAGUCCACCCGAGAAGGAGAAGCCCGCCCUGGAUUACAGCUCUUUCAUGGAAUGUUCACUGAGGAGAACUGUCGUUUUAUUUAUUUUUUACCAUCGGGAGUUUGUUAAGGUGAUAUGCGCACUGUGGGACCCUGAGGAAUAGGCCAUCAAAGUGUUCUGCGCGAAAUCCAGUGACAGUUUCCAGCUAUUCACCAUUAUUUAAGCGCGCGCUCUAAGCAAAGCGAGAAAGCGAUAAGAGGUAUAGCGCAUCUCUGAUUCUACGAUAUCAGCACAUCGUCGCUUUAGCAGCCUAUGGACCAUGGUAUCAAAUGAAGAAGCGGUGCAGGCACCMACGCUCGCCAAGCACAGGGACUUAUGACAUUAUUUACGCACACUCAAAUAUCCGACCCCUGCUCUAUGUCAUAUCUGGCAUCGGUGAGUGGGAGGUGAUUGACACAGUGCGCGGACCUCACUAAAAAACCUCUCCAACAGUCGUCGUGCCUUCCUCACUUCUUACUCACUGUGAAGCGCUGUUACAAGAGAGUGAUGUGGACUUUAUUUGGGACUAUUCAUCAGUAAAGCUGGCUGCAGAAGUAGCAGUCCUCCCUGAGCACCAGGCCUGACUGUUAAUAGCUCAGCCAGCCAGCCUGGUUCCCUCUCCUCCUUCCUGUGUCUGAUUCAGAGAGAAGCUCUGCCCAGCCUCCUCUCCCCCCCACCACCCCUCACGUUGUUGCAGGAGUUGAGUCUCUGCUGCCCAGGGAGGGCUCCAGACAUGUCCACCAAGGCGCCCAUAUACCUGAAGCGGCGGAGCAGGAAGGGUAAGAAAGAAAAGCUGCGGGACAUCCUCUCCUCGGACAUGAUCAGUCCUCCGCUUGGGGACUUCCGCCACACCAUCCACAUUGGCAGCGGCGGGGGGGAGGACGACCUAUUUGGGGACCUGUCCUUCCUGGAGGGGAAGUUCCACCUGCUCCCUGGGCAGCAGGGCGACAGCAUAUCCCAGCGCUCUUCCAUGUACGCAGAGCCCUUCCAGUUCAGCCGUACUGCCAGCAUCAGUGGACACACAGCCUCCUCAGAGAGCUCCCCCCUUCUGAAGAACGCCCUCUCUUUGCCCGUCAUUGGAGGGUUGCAGGCCAUCACCCUGCCCGUCACCUCUGCACCCCCCACUGUCCCCCACCCGCCUCAGAACGCAGCCCCCCCACCCAAACCUCCUCGACUGCACCUGGAUGACAAGAUCCUGAUGUCCCAUCACCCAGGCCUGGACUCCCCCUUGGCCCAGACUCCCAGCAGGACUUCCCAGUUCUGCCCACCCUCUCCCAGAUUUCCAUCAGACGACGAUGUGUGUAUCCAGGACCCCUAUCUGGAUGACCGGGUUCAGGAGCGUCCCUACUUGUCCAACGCAGGCUCCCUGCUCUCCCUGCACCUGGACCUGGGCCCCUCCAUCCUGGAUGACGUGCUGCAGAUCAUGGACCGCCAGCGCCUCAACGGCCUCAACGGAACCUGUCUGCAGGGAGGACGGCAAGAGCUCUACACCUGACCAUGAGAAGUCCUCCCUCGGUCCUCUGUCCAUUUACUGUCUUUCGUAGUGUAACACAGGAGGUUCUGACCUCAACCAGGCCUUGCUUGAUCACAAGGCUGGGUUUGUACAGUAGUUUGCUCAUAUUAAGUGCUUUUUUUUCUGGAACUUAACAUCAGUUUCUGUUAGUGUUUUAAUUGAUAUUGAAUAUCUUUCUACACUUUUCCAUAUUUGAAUUACUUAAUGUAGGAAGUGUUGUCUAAUGAGGUGACAUGAGCCAAAAGCUGACUGUUAAAUCUCCUCUGCCCUUCCUCCAAAGAGUGCAUGAAGAGACUGGGGAAAGAAUACACUGCUGGUCAGGAACUGAGGUCAGCAUAUAUAUAUAUAUAUAUAUGUUUGGGCUAAUAUGUCAGUGGGAAGGAUAUGGUAAAACCUGAAUGUCGGUGUUAGAUCUUUUAUUUUUACUGCACCUGAGCUGUAGACUACUGUACGUACUCCGAAGAUCACAGUUUGCUGCGCGUGUCAUACAGAUUUAUCCAGCUUAUGAAGCUAUUCUAUUCAGACUCUACUUGGUUGGGGUUAUUGUUCUCAAAGACACACACUUAUGGAAAGAUGAACUGUACGACAGGYAUGAUGUCAUCUCUGCAAGGACAGAGAGCCAGAGUGGGAGAGGAGGUCACCUCCCUGAGUCUGUCUCAGUUUUCAGCUUUUGUUCAUUUUUACUGCAAGAUUGUGAAAGUUGUAACUUUGUAUCAGGAGAGACACUGAGUGUUGGAGAGUGCAGUUCCAUAUCUGUCGUCCUUUCAGCAGAUCUACAGAGCAAAGCUCUCUGUUUUUACUGGCUCUCAGGCUCUGGUCAUUGAGAUGUUGGACACGCUUGGAGUACUGUUACGUUUUGAUUCACAACCUGAGACUGCUCAUAAAGAGAUUAUCUCACCGCUGUAGCCAUCCAAGUCCUUGUGUUGCUCCAACUUUCUCUGUACCAACACAGAAAAGUUCACAAUCAGACUAUUACCAAUGUUAUUUGGAAUUCUAGUUUCAAGAUACUUCAGUGUUUGCAGUACAAUACAGCGUAGAGUUGCUGGAACACCAAUUGCUGCAUGGGGUAUAUAUUUUUCUAUUUCAGUAUUACAUCAAUAACAAUGUAGCAAUCAACUGGAUAAUGAUAACAGGUUAAUGAUUCUUCACAAACCCAAUAAGAAAUGCUUUAUUAUUUGCACCCAGAGGUGCACUGAUUCACUUCAACAUUGUACAAAUUAUUUCAAAAGUGAAAUGAUAAUAUAAUUUAGAACAUACGUUGGUUCUUUGAUAACGGUGGACAAAUGAUGUGCAGGUCUACCUUAAGAAUGGCAGAAAACGCUGGAUACCGUUAUAAUGUACCCAACAGGGGUUCUAUACAUUACAUGUCCUACUGUAGGCUAACAUACACUACAUUUAUGCAUAACGCUAAACAAUAUCAUUAUAGUAUUAUAUUUGAUUAAUCUCAUAUUAGAUCAAAUGUUUUGUUACUUUUACACACUUACUAAAGCACUAUAAACCUA